AUGCGUUUCUUCAACAUCGUCAGCCUCCUGGCCGGAGUCACCUCCGCAGCCACUGCCACCUCUUCCUCAUCCAGCGCAGCUUCAACCUGCUCGCCCUCAUCUUCUGAUGCAAAGGUCCUCGAAUUCGCCUGGGGUAUCUCCCAGUUCAUCGGUGGCUACUACAACUCCACUGUGAACAGCACCUUCGGAAACUCCAACAACGCCACCCUCCAAUCCUACCAGAAGGUCCUCUUCGGCCUCGAGAAGGACAACACCCUAUCAACCGCCGCUGUCGAGAAGGUCGGCGCCAAGGCCCCCGGCUUCACUAAGCCCCAGUGUGACUUCAAGUACCCCAAGGUCAACUCCACCCAGGCUUGGGCUUCCUGGGCCUACCGCUUCGAGGAUACCGUCACCGGUGCCUUCAUUGGUCUUGCCGGAUACACUGAGUCCCCCGAGGUCUCCUUCCUCAUGGCUCGUCUGGCUGCUGAGCACAGCGCCCACUCUGCCUUGAUUGGUAGCCGCGUCAACUCUACCUACUUCGCCGCCAACGCUUCUUCUCUCGUCGCGGCUUACGGCCCCGCCCAGGUUCUGUCCAACCGCAACCAGACUGGUAGCCUCGGCGAGUAUCUUGGUGGAUGUCUCACUGCCCCCGUCAGCAACUGUGGUCCCCUGAGAAUCGGACCCUUGGCUGCUACUCCCUCAUCUUCCGGUGUCGCCAGCAGCACCAGCAUGGCUACUUCUUCUUCCAAGAAGAACUAA